UUUCAUGUGAAACUGGUCUGAAGUCGCUUCAACAAUUCAGUCUCGUUUUGUUAGGAGCAAUCUCACAACAUUGUUGUUCCUGAUCUUGAGAGAUCGGCCAGGCUGUGUGUGUCUUGGGCAGGUGGUCGUGUGGGUCAUUAAGUGCUUAAGUAAGCAUGUCACCCAAAUUGAUUAUUGGUACAAUUGUGGACUCCAACGCCGAUUGGAGCUUACGCAUCAGAGAAAACCACUGCAUAAUCAUAGAUGACAAUGGUACGAUUGUCAUGGAAGGACCAUUUAGUUCUCAGGCGGUUCAACAAUGGAAGGACAAAUAUUCCGUGACUGAAGUGGUGGAAUUGGAUCGAGAAGAGUUUCUUCUCCCUGGGUUUAUUGACAGCCACAUUCAUGCAUCUCAAUUGCCCAAUUGCGGAUUGGCCUUGGAUUUGCCGCUUUUAAAGUGGUUGCAGACGUACACAUUUCCCAUUGAAACCAAGUUUGCGGACCCGCAAUACGCUCAAGAUGUUUAUUCUCGGGCAGUGGAGGGGACUUUGGCCUCCGGGACUACUGGAGCCAUGUACUUUGCCACAAUUCAUAGGGACGCCAGUGAGAUCUUGUGCGACAUCGUGGAAGAAAAAGGCCAAAGAGCCAUGGUGGGAAAAGUGUGCAUGAACAGGAAUAGCUUUAAUGGAUACCAAGAGACAACCCAGAAUUCCUUGAACGAAUCCAAAUUGUUCAUAGCAGGCGUCCAGGCCAGGAAAAGUAGCCUUUUGGAUCCGGUGAUUACCCCUCGCUUUGUGCCCAGUUGCGAUCAAGAACUUCUGCUAGGCUUGGGGGAUUUGGCCAAGAGCUCGGAUGUCCGGAUUCAGUCCCAUCUGUCUGAAACCUUGGCUGAGGUCGCUUGGGUCAAGGAGUUGGAGCCAACGAGUCGUGAUUAUACGGAUGUGUAUCGACAAGCAGGUCUACUAACCGCUAAGACUGUAAUGGCACAUUGCGUGCACUUGAGCAAUGCCGAAUUAAAUGCCAUGAAAGAAGCUCAGACCGGAAUAGCCCAUUGUCCGAAUUCCAAUUGCUCGAUUCGCAGUGGUAACAUGGACGUGAGACAGAUCCAAAAGCGAGGGAUUAAAGUGGGGUUGGGUACUGACUGCAGCGCCGGAUACUCGCCCUCUAUGUUAGAUGCCAUGAGAUUCGCUGUAUCGACCUCGAAUCAGUUACAAAUGAUCGAUCCUAAAGGCUACAAUGCCUUGACCUACGCCGAUGUCCUGUAUUUGGCCACAAGAGGAUCCGCCUCUGUCACUUGCCUUGACCGAGUUGUAGGUCAACUGGAUGAAGGAUUCCAAUUCGAUGCUAUCCGAAUCCGACUAAAUAGUAAAGCACAUCCUACUUCCCACUUGUUCGGCCAUGAGACUAUCGAGGACAUGGUGCACAAGUUUGUAUUCUUGGGCGACGACCGGAAUGUUGUCCAAGUUUGGGUCAAUGGCCGCAUCGUUAAAGACCUCGGUCUAACCGAACAUUGACAUCCAACUAAGAUAGAUUUGUAAUGCAUGCAUUCCAAGUCUGACCGAAAAACACACGAUAGAUAUAAAAAAACCAUCAAGUCAAUGUAUUUCGAGGAAAUAAAUGUACUGAAUUACAAACGGAAACAAG